CCCGGGGAAGAGGGCGGCUUCCCGGGAAGCCCGUCGCCGCCGCCGCCGCCGCCGACUCGGAGGUGCGGAGAGGGUUGUUGGGAACUCGGGGCGCGCGUGAGCGUCACCAACGCCGCCGCCACCCGGGACAGCCCGGAGAACAUGAAGAGGAACUGGACCAAGAAUUUGACCUGGAGACUGGCACUUUAUUUGGAGGAUUAAAGAAGGACCCAACUGACUUUGAGUGGAGCUUCUGGAUGGAGUGGGGCAAGCAGCGGCUGGUGUGGCUUCUCCUUGGCCACAUGGGUGUGUCUCAAGUAGCCAACCUGCUUGCAAGGAAGCACAAACCCUGGAUCCUCACAGCCUAUGGGAUGUGGGCCUGCUGGUGUGUGCUGGGGACCCAAGGCACAGCCAUGGUUCUUAUUCACACCACCAUCUCCUUCUGUGUUGCCCAGUUCCGGUCGCUGUUCCUGUCAUGGCUCUGUUCUCUCUUCCUGCUCUCUACGCUGAGGCUUCAAGAUGUGGAGGAAGUUAUGAGAGGGUGGUACCAGACGGAAAAUGAGUACUACUUGCUGCAGUUCACACUGACCGUUCGCUGCCUGUACUGCACCAGCUUCAGCCUGGAGCUCUGCUGGCAGCAGCUGCCGGCUGAGCGCACCUUCUGCUCCUUUCCCUGGAUGGUGGCCUAUGUCUUCUACUACCCAGUCUUCCACAACGGGCCCAUCCUCAGCUUCCCGGAGUUCAUUGCACAGAUGCAGCAGCAGGAGCCUGGCUCGCCCAAGGCCAGCCUUUCCAUCCUUGCCCGGGGGCUGGGCCGCCUCCUCUCCUGUUGGUGGCUGGCGGAGCUGAUGAUUCAUCUUAUGUACAUGCACGCCAUCUACAGCAGCACCCCCGUCCUGAGGGCCGUCUCAUGUUGGACCUUAGGAGGACUGGCGUUGGCCCAAGUGCUCUUCUUCUAUGUGAAGUACUUGGUGCUCUUUGGUGUCCCAGCUCUGCUCAUGCGCCUGGAUGGACUCACGCCACCGCCCCUCCCUCGCUGUGUGAGCACCAUGUUCAGUUUCACGGGGAUGUGGAG